AUGGGGCUGAGGACAGCCAGGGGCGUUGUGCACUCUCCUCCCUCAAGGGCUUCAGAUACUCCUGCGUGGGGCAUGAGGACAUGCAUUCCCUCAAUCACUCAACUUAAACACAAGAUGUAUGAACCUGAUGCAGAUGACCCGGAAGAUGAAAACCCUCUCAUGCUGAUGGACCCAUUGCACCCAGCAUAUGAGUACAAUAGGGAGUGUCAGAGGCAAAAAUACCUGCUCAUUAUCCGCAGGCGGCGAUUAAGGGAUGAGAGUGACCCGUUUGAUGUCACUUAUGCUGCCUUCAAAAAAGUUUGCAGGUUGAGCCAGGAUCUGGUUUUUAGUGUAAUUGACUUGAUCAGACCAUUUAUGAGACGGAGGUCCAGUCCUCUCGCAGCUCCACUUGAGCUGAAGGUACUAUCAGUCCUGAGCUUUUAUGCUACGGGGUCCUACCAGAGCCCAACUGGUAGGCAGUAUGAUUGCCCCAUAGCUCAGCCAACGCUCAGUGCUUACAUAGAAGAGGUUACAAAUGCCCUCAAUGAAGAUGAGAUCCUGGGCAGACUUAUUCGCUUCCCUAUCAAUGUGCAGGAGCUCAACUACAUCAUUGAAAGGAACCAAGCCUUAGGGGGGCAGAUCCCCGAUGUUGCUGGGUAUACAGAUGGCACACUAGUGAAAGUUGUGAAGCCAAGCCUGGCCAAUAACCCGCAGGCUUUUAUAGGAAGAAAGCGUGUUCCCUGUAUCAAUGUACAGAUUACAUGUGAUAGACGUUUGUAUGUAACCAACGUACUGGCAAAUUUUCCUGGAGCAACAAACGACUCAUUUAUUUUUAGCGGGUGCGGCCUCCGGCUUAGAAUGUAUAGGCUGUUCCAUGAGCGACGGUGCCAUCUUCUCGGGGACUCAGGGUAUGCUCUGGAGCCCUGGAUGAUAGUACCCUUUGAGCAACCUCAAGAGGACACUCCUGAAGGAAGAUUUAAUAAAGUACACUCCCGGGACAGAAAUGUUGUAGAGAGGUGCAUCGGCAAUAUCAAAGAGAGAUUCAGGUGCAUCCAUGAUGAGCGAGUAGCCCACUACGACUACAUAAAAGCCAGCAAAUUUGUCAACGCUGUAGUUGUACUACACAACAUAUGUGUGCUAGCCAAUCUUCCUGGCUAUAUUGAUGAAAACGAGCAGUAG